AUGAUCGUGCUGGCAGGAAGUGGCAACCCCAUCAUUGUGCUUGGCGCACGCCGGGACGACCUUCCGGCCAAAGGCAGCGCCAUGGCGGACGAAGAGAAAGACGAUAUGCAGCACCUCCAGCGGCGCCAGAAACGCCUUGCCGAGCAUGUGGCGACGCUGCUGGCGCAGGACGGGCGGCAGCCAAUCGCGCCCGCAAAGGCCUAACUCACGUUUUACACGCUCGCUCG